AGCUCGACCUAUUCUAAAGAUAAUGCAACAGGAACAGCAGUGAAUAAUCACUGAUAACCCGCUGGCCUGACUGCCAGUGUUCCUCCCUGCUCUGUGUGUGCGUGUAACGGAAUUUAAGGAUACGACCUACGAUUUCGAAGAACAGUUAUAGCAUCCCCUAUAAUAUAUGUACGGACUGUUGAAUUGAAUUAGUCAGAAGCAACAAUUACAAACAAAAUCCAGUCCUCGUACCACCGUUAUCCUUAUUUGGCGUGCGUGUGUGUGUGUGUGCGUGUGUGCGGUUCUCGUGUACGGGUGUGUGUUCGAAACGAAAUUAAGGCGAGGAGGGAAGACAACAAAACGGUUGGUUUGUGCCAUUCAACAACCUCUUUGUGGCAGUAUCGAUUUUCCGUUACAUCGUUAUACACACACAUUUGACCGACUUCGCAGCCAGCUAUUACGCACACGCCACCCCACCCUACCCCACACGCCCCAAGCCCCUCCUUAAGUUUAGCGCGGUGCGAGCAGGCGGGUUGAUGCGCGGCAGCAGCAAGCAGAGCCAGAGGCAGAGCUAAUCUGUUGGCUUAGUGUGAGCGAAUUUGUUGCAUCUUGGCGGCACUGGAGGCAUGUUUAUUUGGCACUUGUCAGUCGCCGGACGGACAAACCAUUUAGGAAUAAAGCAAUAACCACUGUAAAUAGCAUCAUCAGCAUCCACUGCAGGCACAUCAUCCACAACUUCCACAACAUUUACAACAUCCAGCGCACCUUGGGAACGGUAAUUUUCUGAGAGAAAGCUCAACAUCCAAGAUCCACAUCGACAUCGGGAUCCACCAGUAGAUGUUCACCAUGGUCCAGUUGAAGCAACUACAGCUCCCCUUCAGCCACGCAGCGUUAUUACUGAUGCUGGCGGCGCUGGUGGGCGUGGGCCAGGCGGGGUCCCAGAACACACCGCAACAGCAGGUGUGUCCGGAGCAGGGCGACAUCUCGCCCUGCAUCUGCACGGUGAAGAAGAACGGCCUGGACAUACUCUGCGAGACCACGGACUUGGCGCACAUCACCAAAUCGAUGGGCACACUCAAGGGCAAAAGUCCCAUCAUUUUCUACCUGAAGUUGCGCCACAACAACCUGCCCAAGCUGCAGGGAUUCGUUUUCCUGGCCCUGGACAUUCGCCACCUGACCAUACACAACAGCAGCCUGGCGACCAUCGAGGAGAAUGCUCUCAGUUCAUUGGGCACUGGACUCACACAGCUGGACGUAUCGCUGAACCAAAUGAAAACCGUGCCUUCGCAGGCACUGCAGCAUCUGUUCCACCUGUUGAUCUUGAACCUGAACCACAACAAAAUCACCGUGAUCCACAACAACGCCUUCGAGGGACUAGGAACACUGGAGAUUCUUACGCUCUAUGAGAACAAGAUCACCCAGAUAGACCCCGAGGCGUUCCGCGGUCUGGAAGGAAAAUUGAAGCGUUUGAAUCUGGGUGGUAAUGAUUUAAGCAGAGUUCCCCAAAAGUCCCUGUCUAUAUUGGACACGCUGAAGAAGCUGGAAAUACAGGAGAACAAGAUCCGCUCCAUCAUUGAGGGUGACUUUGAGGGCUUGGUAAACCUCGAUUCCUUGAUUCUGGCCCACAACAUGAUCACCACAGUGCCUGCAAAUGUCUUCAUACACCUUACCCAGCUAAAUUCUCUGGAAUUGGAGGGCAACAAGAUCAGCGUUAUCGAUAAGGAUGCGUUUAAGGGCUUGGAGGAGAACCUGCAGUAUCUGCGCCUAGGAGACAACCAGAUCCAUGCCAUUCCCAGCGAGGCCCUGCGCCCACUGCACCGUCUUCGCCAUUUGGAUUUGCGGAACAACAACAUUAAUGUCCUGGCCGAUGACGCCUUCACCGGAUUUGGCGACUCGCUCACGUUCCUCAACCUCCAAAAGAAUGACAUUAAGGUGCUGCCAAGUGUGCUGUUUGAGAACCUAAACUCGCUGGAGACCCUGAAUCUGCAGAACAACAAGCUGCAGCGCAUUCCCCAGGACAUCAUGGAACCGGUCAUUGAUACCCUACGCAUCAUCGAUAUCACGGAUAAUCCGCUGAACUGCUCCUGCGAAUUGACCUGGUUCCCCAAGCUGCUCGAGGACCUGAAGAACAAGGAUGACGAAAUGUCGCAGAAGAAGAAGCCGCUGUGCCACAUGUCGCUGGACAACCGCGAGUACUUUGUGCAGGCCAUGCCCACCGAAAAGAUGCACUGCGCCGGCCUCAAUGUGAGUCCCUCACCCACGAGCGGCGGUCUGAUGCGGAUACUGCAAGUGAACCUUCUGGCCCAAAUUGCCAUGUGUAGCGUGGCGUUUCUGAUUAGCGUUUAAUCGCUUCCGAUCUGAUCCGAUCUGAAGCGGGUCCCCAGUCUAGUUAGGUCCGGAGACCACUUUUCCAUGUGGAUUAUAGUGAAUCCGUGAAUUAUGCAACUCUGCCAAUUAUUAGACCCAAAAAGCACGCUUUUGAACCGUACCAUACUGUUCGCUCGGCCUGCAGCCUACCCACCACACCAGCAGCAAACAUCACCAGAUCAGCCAAUCCAGAGCGACUUGUCCAUUUCUGUGUCUGUUCCCCCCACCUCCACUCUGUUGAAUUGAUGCACCAACAGACAGACACCACAAUCCAGUCCACAGUUGCAACAUCAUCAGCAUCUACAACACGAGACACAUGCACAGUAGCUCGACAGCGACGCGCUCCCAGCUCGCUCUCCUGGAAAAGCCCGAGAGAAGGGCGUUAGAUGAUAGCAUCCCUUACAUAUCGAUACGGAUAAAGCUUAGACCUAAGACUUGAACUCAAACAUAUCAGAUUUUGUGACGCAGAAUCAGAAGCAGAAGAAUUGUUACGUUUAAGCAGCGACAGAAGCGUAUUGUGUACAUACUUACUCGUAUCUAUGAUAUUCCCAUAUGUGCACAGGUGCACUGGCACCUAUAUAUGUAUUUAUUAUGCGUAGUUUAUCGUCGUUUUGUCGUCGGUGUUGUGAGAUACAAUCAUUAUAAGCAAGUUUUCUUCGUUUCCUGACCUGUUCCCUUCCUGCACCCGCCCCAGCCACCAAAGCAGCUUACAAGCAAUCUAACCUAGUCGAAAUUGUCAAAUCUAUAUAUAUAUAAAGAUAUAUAUAAUUAUAUGCAUCGCAACCCAAUGCGGUUCCACUUUGGGCGCCGGUCAGGAAAAUAUGCAAAAAGGCAAGGCGAUCAGGCGAAAGGAAUAGAUAAAAACAAAUCAUUUGCAUCAAUCACCAAGAACUGAUUAUGGAAUAAGUAGUUUGUACUCUUUAUUUGUGAGAAACAUGGGGCAAGUACUGCAAAUUAUAACUGCAGUCGACACUCAACCCACUUCCAACUUCCAAAUCCCUACGUCCCCCAUCCUGUGUGCCCCCCAUAUGAUCCCUAUAUGCAUAUCGUUGUAUUGUUAUUAUCGUGACAUAUCAAGAGCUCCAAGUGCACGCACUGGAUGACUCGACACGCACCUAAAAUAUAGGCAUUUUAUAGAAUUUACUUACAAUUUUAAAACAUAUGAAAAGUUGAUAUUUACGCGAACGCAAUGGAACCGAACACACAAAGAACAUUAACAAAGUGUAUGCAAAGUGGAAUUUUUGAAAUGUUUUUAUACAUAUACCUACUUUUAGAUACACAUACAGACAUGCAUAUGAAUUCUGUCUAUUCGAACUAAGUUGUAAUCUCCAUUAGAAAUUAACAUUAUACCAUUAACAUUGACACUGACACUCACACUGAUAUUUUCUGGUUUCCGCCGGGUUAGCCAGCAGUUGGAACCGUACCAUACCCACUCCGCAUCGGCCAGUCCGAGGCUUCGGUCAGUAGCCACUCUCUGGUGGACGGCGGGGAAGUGGUGCUCCAGCGGCUCGCCAACCCGACAGGCUAUCCAGACAGAACGAGAACUCUGUCGAAAGGGAUCAGAAAUAUUUUCAAGAGAAUGCGCUAUACCACCAAAUCGGGUCAGUAUUUUUGGCAACAGCUGUUCUCUUCAAAAUAUUGUAGAACCCCAGCAGAGAGUGGGUAACGAAAGAUGCUUUCCAUAGGAGGAGCUAUGUCUUCUCAGCCGAAAUAAUAAAGAAUCCAUGAUGGUUACAAAUGAAA